GCAUCCCCUCUACAGAAGGACAUUACUCUAAAUGGUUCUUUUUUUUUCUCCUUUUGUUCUUUGACUUUUGAGGAGCUCAUGAACAGUAAAAUGAAGUUUGUGCGCUCUCUGAUGAAAGCGGCGGCGCUGGCUAAUGUGCCCAAACAUAUCGAUCACUUUUCUAAGUUCUCCCCUUCUCCUCUCUCCAUGAAGCAGUUCUUGGAUUUUGGUUCAACGAAUGCCUGUGAGCGCACUUCGUUUGUCUUCCUUCGUCAGGAACUUCCUGUCCGUUUGUCCAACAUCAUGAAGGAGAUCAACCUGCUGCCGGACCGGCUACUGGCCACGCCCUCGGUCCAGAUGGUUCAGAACUGGUACAUUCAGAGUCUGAUGGAGAUCUUGGACUUUUUGGACAAAAGCCCUGAUGACCUGAGUACCCUUGAGAUGUUUGUUGAGGUGUUGGAGACCAUCCGAAACAGACACAAUGAGGUGGUCCCCACCAUGGCUCAGGGCGUGAUUGAGUACAAAGACACCUUUGGCCAACAGGAUGCUGUCACUGACCACAACAUCCAGUACUUUCUGGAUCGCUUCUACACCAGCCGCAUUUCUAUCCGCAUGCUCAUCAACCAGCACACUCUUGUCUUCAAUGGCAACACAAACCCCGCCCACCCUGACACCAUUGGCUGUAUUGACUCUAUGUGUGACGUGACGGAGGUUACACGAGAUGCCUAUGAGAGUGCCAAGCUACUUUGUGAGCAGUAUUACCUAGGAGCUCCAGAGCUGGAACUCCGGCAAAUAAAUGUAAACAACAUCAGAGAGCCAAUCCAGAUCUCAUAUAUCCCAUCCCACCUCUACCACAUGCUCUUUGAACUCUUCAAGAAUGCCAUGAGAGCGACCAUUGAGAAUCAUGAGGCUAGCAGGACCCUCCCACCAAUUACAGUCUUGGUAGCCCUUGGUGGAGAGGACCUGUCGAUUAAGAUGAAUGACAGAGGUGGCGGUGUUCCUUUCAGAAAGACAGAGCGUCUGUUCAGUUAUAUGUAUUCCACAGCUCCAAGACCUUCUAUAGCAGAUAAACACAGAGCCCCACUGGCUGGGUUUGGUUAUGGACUACCCAUCUCUCGGCUCUACGCUCGCUACUUCCAGGGAGACUUGCAGCUGUAUUCUAUGGAGGGCCAUGGCACCGAUGCUGUCAUACACCUGAAGGCAUUGUCAUCAGACUCGGUGGAGCGCCUGCCAGUUUUUAAUAAGUCUGCUUUGCGUCACUACAAGCUAAGUUUGGAGGCAGACGACUGGUGUGUUCCAUCCAAGGAGCCCCUGGACCUCGCUAUCUAUCGCACAACAAAGUGAUUAGGUCUUGACCUGACAUCCCUUCUGGCACAAACUCACAAGUGCCACAAAAUGCCCCUUCAAUGGCACGGCAUUAUGGGACCAAAACUAUUAUGCUGCCAGUGAAUGGGACCAAAAGCGGGCCAAGAAAACUAAAGAGAGAGAAGAGCAUCAGAGGAAUCUCCUUGAUUGGAGUGUGUUCUUCUUGGGGCUUCAUGUGUCAUGCUUUCUUUACAUAUGUGCUUUUGAUGAAGGCAGAAGAGGAGAAUGUGCUAAGAUAGUAAACAAAGAUUCAUGGACAGAGAUUCAAAGGAAGAGAGUGAGAAAAUACAAGGACUGAUGAUGGAGUUGAAUGUUUGGAUCAAGAACGCUAAUGAUGAAAAUGUUAUGAACACAGGAUUGUUUUGUAAUAAUCGCUGCACAGUGGUUUCUGGUCAUACUUUAGACUCAGAUUCAGAGGUCUGAUAUCAAACAAUAAUCCACUAUGUAGCUAGUCACUUGCUAAGCUAACAUUAAUAUUACAGACUGACAGGACAGGUAUAUAAGAUAGCAACAACAGCUAACUUCCUUUUAACAUCCACCAUUUCCAUGAAUCCCACACCCAAGCAAAAGUUAAUCUAAGUGUUGGUUUGGGGAUAUAUGGUAGUAUGAAUACCUCCGCCAAGGAGGUUAUGUUUUUGCCAGGGUUUGUUUGUUUGUUGGUUAGUAAGCAACAUAACUGAAAUAGUUAUGGACAAAUUUUCAUGGGGGGGGGGAGCUGA